AGCUCGUAUCCCCACUCUUUCUCCGUAAGGUUCUUUUUGGACGUGUGUCAAAAUUAGUACACACGUUUUUUAAAUCUAAUAUUUUCAAAAUAAUCCGGUCGAAAUGGCUAUACGACCAGUGUACCGGCCGAAAAUCGUUAAAAAGAGGACAAAGAAGUUCAUUAGGCAUCAGUCAGACAGAUAUGCUAAGCUAAAGCGCAACUGGCGUAAACCCAAGGGUAUCGACAACAGAGUCAGGAGGCGUUUCAAGGGACAGUUUUUGAUGCCUAACAUCGGUUACGGUUCAAACGCCAAGACCCGUCAUAUGCUGCCCACAGGGUUCAGGAAAGUCCUCGUACACAAUGUUAAAGAAUUGGAGGUUCUCCUGAUGCAGAACCGUAAAUACUGCGCGGAAAUAGCGCAUGGUGUGUCAUCCAAGAAGCGUAAAGAAAUCGUGGAGCGUGCACAACAGUUGAGCAUUAGAGUUACGAACGGACACGCUAGGCUGCGCAGCCAAGAAAAUGAAUAAGUUUCUUUAUAACCUUAAGUUUAAUAAAAAAUGUAUUUAAAUGUU